AGCUUUAGGUGUUUUCUCUCAAUAAACGCUCACAACACCCGGUCUGGGAAUCGAAACUGCGAGUCCGCUACCCUAACCACUAGGCCAUUGCAAAUGGCAGUUACCUCCCUGUCAUUAGUCGUCUGCUUAAAGUAAAACUAGGCGAGGCUACUUAUCAACAUCAUCAAUGCAGCGGACUUGUGUCAAUAACAAAACAGCUUAAACCAAUUAUUGUUGUUGCUGGAAAGACGGAAGUCUGUUUAAUUCUAAUCUUCACGCUGAAGAGUUCCACCACAUGGUUAGCAACGUGUGCCACACUUAUUUAAGGUACACGUACCUUGUGAUACACGUGUUGCGUAUUUUAAUUUGUUUUUCUCCUAACCAAGCUUCUGUUGAUUGAAAAGAAUUUACUAUUGUUAUGAUUAUAAAGUAUGAAAACUAAUUACUAGUUUUCAUUUUAUAUUUAUUUUCGGAAAAUAUAGGUGUGUUUACAAUAUAUUUUGUGUUGUGAAUACUUCAUAAAAAUUAAAGCCAUGGAUAUUCUCAAUUCAGAAAUAAACCUUUUUCAAGUGACUCUAAAUAUAGUGAACGAUUCUGGUGAUGCCAUCGACCAUUCUCUUGUUACAGAUAUCAUUGUACAGCUCUUAACUCGGAUAUCGAAACGUGUAUCUUCGAGCACCUGUAUGGAGCAGUUAGUUCAAACCACACCUUCGCUUGAUCGGAUAAUUAAAACAUAUCAAGACAAAAACAUUGAAUGUGUUGUAUCAAGUGAUGCGAUUAAACCUAUUAUAGGUGAAAUCGUCACUGAAUUCUAUUCAAAACUUUUACAAUUUCAACAUCAUUUACCUCUCGGUUUUAGUAUACCUUACGAACAGCUAGCACCGCUUUGUGAUGUUUUUAUUUUAUGUCUAGACUUGUGCCCUCAUUCAAUCCAAAAUAACAUCAUUCAUAUGUUUAAGACGUCGAUUUUGCAUUAUAUCCACGAAAACCCGACUGCUUUUGGUAAAUAUCAAAUUACAUGUACGUUUGUUGAUGUUCGGAUUGUUAUCGAAACCUUAAAAAGAAUUUUAAGGAAAGCCUCCGCUGUCAAUUUUGAAUUUCCGAUCGUAGGAGAAAUUGUCCAAUGCCUGUACCCAGUAUUUAUUGAAGCUUUCAAAGUUUUUGAUGAAACCUUAGUUGGUCAGAUUAGUUGUACAUUAUUGAAAGAUAUGAUACGAUCUUGUGACGAUAACUAUUCACAAGCUGUAGCACUUUGGGCAGUUAUUGCUGACAUUUUAAAGGAGACUGAAACAUGUUCAGACGAAGUUUAUAACUGCAAACCACUGACCAUUCUAUGUUCUCUAGCUGACUUUUGGUUUCCUGUUAAACAGAAUAUUCAAAGUAAACAAUUUCUAGAUCUCCGUUGUGACCCGCUCUUCUGGAAUUUAUUGCAACAGGGGUUUAGUCAAAAUAAUUCGCUAGCGAGAAAACAGUCUAUAUAUCUAUUAAAACGAAUUGUUGAUUUAUGCAAUCAAACUCAGGAAAACUUGAAGUGUUCUCUUUCAGAAAGUCAUCAAGUGCCAUUAUUUUGGUGGGACAAACAACAUUCCCAUCAACUAACAAAACUUUGGGACGAUUUUAUUAUUCUGUUUGAAAUAUUCGAAGAAAAACAGGUACAUAUCAUAAAACCUCUUCUUCCCCGUUUCUCAAAUCUUGUGGAAGCCACUACAGACAAUGGAGGUUUUCUUCUGCAUUCUUCCUGGCUUCUGGUUCUAAUAUCCCGUUGUCUCCUUCAUGAAAACAUUUUCCUUAUCAAAUGGGCUGUCAACGUUGCUCUAGAUUUCAACCUAGUCACAUGUCCUUUUAUUUGGCAAGAUCAAGAAUCAUACUUCUCUGGAAAAUUUCUGGGUUCUUUGAAGGAAAUUAAGUUAUAUGGACGAUGUACAUUCAAUAAACUAAUGGAUCAAUCUUCAAUGAAUACAAUGGUCAUGAUUGAUGAUUACAAAUACAAAUAUUUCCAACCUAUUUUUAAAAAUAGGAGAAAACCACAUUUCAUAUGUUCUCAAUUGUCUUUCUGUUUUUUAGCUAACUUCUUCUGUAAAGUCUUGGAUACCAUGAAUUCACAAAGCUGGAGUCCUAUCCCACUUGUAUUUCUUUCUAGAGCACUAACAAAGCUACCUCAGUCUCCUUUAUUAGAUAAACCUGCCAUUGUAAACAUACGUGAGAUAGUUGUGACAUGCCAACGAACUGUUGAAACUUACAUACGAGGUGCCACUCAGUGUUUUCUGGCAGAAGCACUUAUCAAUCUGUUGGACUUUACAUUAGUGACACCUUCAGAGUGGGCCUACUGCGUCUCUGUUUUUUACCGAGAUGAAAGCCUACAACGCAACAAUUCUCUUUGGAAAUGCUAUGUCAGAUGGCUUCAAAAUAACAUCACAAGUGAUGCUUAUGGAACUUGGGCAACAAAACCAUUUAUUCAAGCUUUGCAUGAUGCAUUUCUGAAUUACUUGAAAGAUGAUACUGUUUCUGUUAUAGAUGGUAUUGAAGCUAUCAAAAUAGUGCGAACAUUCUUUUUAUGCUGUGAUGCAGACAUAUUAACUUCAAAAGCAACAAUGCCAUCACCUGAUCAAGAGACACAAGGGCGUCUGUCUGCAGACGAUUUUCUUUUGCCUUUAAUUGAUAUAUUAUUAUCUUUAAACACUCACUCGUAUCUUCCAGUUGGCAAAGCACAUCGAGCCUUGCAUUUAUUACUUGUAUUACUCGAGGAAUUUGGAAUGGAUGAAUUACAAAGAGAAGAGAAUGAUUCUGUCUCAAAAUUAAUUUUCCAUAUUGUUACAAAAUGUGCGAGUGAGACAGUGAAGUAUAUUUCCUGUCAGAUUACUUACGAAAUUGAAUGUUUGGAUCACACAGAACUCCUUCAUAUCUACUGCCAUCUCAUCUUGAAAUAUGUUGAAUGGAACCUAUGGGAUCACAUCAUUGAAGAUAUCAGUUUACUGAUUUCAACUUGUAUUGAACUCCUUAAAAGAUCAAGCAAGCCUCCAUCAGAUGUUUCUAUCUCAAGCCAGAUAUUGCAGGCCUUCGCAAUGAGUCUUUUAGGAACAAUAACCAAAAUUUUGUAUCAUAAUAAACUCUGUUAUUCUCAUUGUGAAAUUCAGUCAAUGUUGAAAGACUUCUCUAAAGAUUUUGACAGCAAUUACUUGAAUCUCAUCAAACCCAAUUCCCUGGAAUGUGAAAACAGUGUGAAAGAUGCUGACAAAAAUCAAUUAUUAAGAUACGCAUGGGGUAAACUCAGCAGCCUUUAUUCCAUCAACAGAUGGUGGUGUAUGCUGUACUUUAGCCAAAUUCAAGAAAAGUCAGUCUCUAAUUUGAAUGAGUCUGAAAAGUUACUCCAACAAACAAUGGAUGCUCUUUGCCUUGGUUCUGGUGACAGUGCUUUACCAAUGCUUAAGUGCCUCGAAAAUGAUAUUGCUCAGGUAGCCUCUGAGUCAACUUACUGUGAUAUUAUUGUCAAUGCAAUGAAUGUUGCAUGGAAUCGCAUUGAAGAAGAACACAAGUCCGCAGCUUAUUGGCAGUUGUUUGAAGCCUAUGUUACUAGUUGCUUCCAAACUGAGACCAUCAGAUCUGCGCCUGAUUCUUCUAUCAAUAAAUUUCUUCAGGAGAAUAGUGAACUAAUUCUUCAAAUAGGAGAGGAGAGAACUGGUAUGGCAAAUAUUUUCAUUAAACAUUUAUGCAAAGUCUUUCAAAGUGAUGGAAUGAUUCAGUAUGCUGAAAAUUUCACCAGAACUAUAAUUAAUGCUUGUACAUAUGGAACCGUGUAUCGGAAAAAUGAAAGAUUCCGACAAGAUGUCUCUGCUUUUAUUGGCAGCAUUCAAAAUGAAUGUGCCAUCAAUGAACUCCAAUCUAACUUUUCUAAGUGUGAUAUUGAAGUACGAAUGUUGACAAUUAACUGGUUAACACAGCUCAAUGUCUCUGAUUCCAAGCACUGCAGAUUAGUACAUUCCUUGAUUAUAGCUUUAAUAGAAAAGCACAGAGAAAUUAACCAAUGCAGAUCAUACCGUAACUUUGCCAAUUCCUUACCACAUCGCCUCAAACAAAGGAUAAUCCAAGCAUUAGUUUUGUUCAAAGAAUUUAUAUUAGAAUCAAAUCAAGAAUUUGUCUGGGAUUAUAUUUGGGAAACUCUAAUGGUCGAGUGCCAGCCAUCUGUUCGCAAUAUGCUUGACUGGUUGGCACUGUGCUUGAUUCUAAAAUUUCCUUCUUAUGUUUCUCAAAUAUGGAAACAGUAUCAGACGUUAGCAGAAACCAGUAGCAUGUGUACUUGUUCCUUGCUGAAGAUUUUGUCUCAUAUUGGACCUCGGUUGGAGUCAGAACUUGAACAGACAAAGUUCUAUGAGUCUGCCUUUCUGCAUUUAAUGCCGUUGUGUACGAAUCAUCACUUCAACACACGAAUUUAUGCUCAUGCCACAAGUUGUAAAAUGUUGAAACAAUGCGAAUCCCUUCAACUGAAUCAUACCAUAAGUAAAUUUUCUCUUUUGGAAGGAUGUCUUCAAUUCACUGAUGACAGUAAUGCAACGAAGAACACAAUAAAGCUAAUGGAAUCUUAUUUUAUGGCAGUGUUUGAUCCAAUCAGAGAUUUUAGCAUUGAAACUAUAUUUCAUCUUUUACCUAAGCUGACUGGAUUAAAUGAGGAAGAAUGGAUUUUACCACAAAUGUUCAGUCAAACAGAUCCUGCUUGGUCUGAUCCUACAGAAAGCAAAGCAAGGCUACUACCUCUCUAUAAUGAAGACAGAGCUUUGAGCCAGUGCAAGUCAGAACCCUGGAAAGUGAAAAUUUCUCAUGCCCCUGUGUUGCCAAAUGAGGAAUCAUCUACAGAAGGCCUAGAUUUUCAGAAGAAAAUAAUGCCUUGGCGAUUAAUGACCCCAGAUGUUUUAAAUGAGGAACAGCAAGAUUUCUUAGAAAAGAAGACCAAUGUAAGCCAGUUGGUAUUGGUAACCUCACUUAUCAACAAAGUUCCAAAUUUAGGAGGUCUUUGUCGAACAGCUGAGGUGUUUGGUAUAUCAGAAUUUGUGAUAGGAAGUUUGAGACAUCUUGUUGAUAAGAAUUUCCAGUCUUUAAGUGUUACUGCUGAAAAAUGGAUACCAAUGAAAGAGGUAGGUAACUUUAAGAAACACUUGCCCAAGGUGCCGCACAGUGGGACUGAACCUGAAACCACAUGGUUGUAAAGCAAGCUUCUUAACCACACAGCUAUGUCUAAUGCAAUGUUUUGUUUGUUUUUUAGAAAUGAACGCGAAGGCAUUCCAGCUAACCUAAUCCCCCUCUUGGAUGUGUGUGUUGAGAUUCCACAACAAGGAAUUGUCCGUUCUCUCAAUGUUCACGUAAGCGGAGCAAUACUGAUGUGGGAAUAUACACGUCAACUUUACAGCUCAGGUGUCAUUAACUGAACAUGGAGAUCCAUUGAUGCAGAUGAAUUCAAUAUCCAUUGAUAUCCAGAUGUAAAUUAUUAAUAAAAUUGCUGAUUAUAUUGAAAGAGAAUAAA